CUUACACGAUCCCGUUCCUUAUUAUUCACGAUAAGAAAUAAUACUCCAUUCUAGUCGGUCCACUGCAUACAGUUACCGGUACCCAGCGGCCUCUAGCAGCUUAAGUGUUCGUGGUGUAUAUUGUAACGCUAUCCCACUAACUUAUUAUUCACAUUUACUAUGUGGGCUGCCGCGCAGCUGUUACACCGUUGUUCGAUUGGUGUUGUUUUCUUACCUAUCCAUACUCCUCUUACCCAAACAUCCUAGACACAAGACAGACAGAACGUAUAUAGUAUAUUGCAACAAGCUUCUUUAAGAAAUACAACCGUGCCAAGUGCGCAACAGGUGUUCAUUCUUCUUCUCGAGCGGGAGCCUUCAUCCACCUCCAGGAGGGACGCCUCAUCCUCUUAACGAGCGGAUGGGGAUGCUGGGAUGAGGAACGCCGGCUUGGAACUCCCACGACUUCAGCCGUGGCAUGCGCGCCGAUGGAUCGUUCUGGCUUGCUGGGACUUUCAGGAAGUCCAUACGGAGUACAUAGUGGACCCCAACCCCGAUACCCCCUUCCACGUAAAUCGCCAAAGCCUUCCAGCAUCUCGCAGCAGCAGACUCAAGGGUCGGUCUGGUUUGGCGCAUUGUGUGCGAACAAGGAUGUCGUCACCGACAUACUCGGCGUUAUCGUUGUCACGGGGGCGCUGUUGGUAUACGGCUUGCUGCAGGAACGCAUCAUGACCUUUGGUUUCGGCGCUCGUGGCGAGGUAUUUGAGCACUCCAUCUUCCUGGUGUUGUGCAACCGGCUGGUGACGGUGGUGCUGGCGGGCGCCUACCUGCUGGCCUCGCGCACCGCCACCGCGCCCGCAGCGCCCUUGAUGAGCUACGCGGCGGUCAGCAUGACCAACGUCAUCGCCACGGCGUGCCAGUAUGAGGCGCUGAGAUACGUGUCGUUCGCGGUGCAGACGCUUGCAAAGUCCGCCAAGGCGCUCCCCGUGAUGCUGUGGAGCGGCGUCUACAUGCGCAAGCGCUACCGCCUGUCUGAGUACCUGCACGCCGCCUCCAUCACCGCCGGCUGCUGCGUCUUCAUUCUCACCGGACACGUGCACAGCAGGGUGGCGCACCAUGCGGCGGGCGCUGCGGCAACAGCAGCAGCAGCGGCAGCAGUAGCAUCGGGAGCUACGGGCACAGCAGCAGCAGCCGGAGGAGGAGGGGGCGUGGCGGCGGGCAUCAGCAGUCUUGCUCGUGGGCUGCUGUGGGGUGCUAGUACCAGUGGCGCUGCGGGUGCGGUAGUGGGCGGCGGUAGCGGUGGUGGACGGUUGCUGUUGUUCGCUGGCGGCGGGCUGAUGGCGCUGUACCUGCUGGUGGAUGGGCUGACCUCCACAUGGCAGGACGCCAUGUUCAAGGGGUACGCGGUGAACGUGUGCGACCAGGUGUUGUACACCACCUGCUUCUCCAUGCUGCUCUCGCUGGUGGGCUGCAUCGCCACGCAGCAGCUGGUGCCGGCGCUGGCCUUCCUGGCUCGCAACCCGGACGCCAUCCUGUGGAUCACGGCGCUGUCGGUGGCCUCGGCGGCUGUGCAGCUGGUGAUCAGCUGGACCAUCAAGCGCUACGGCGCGGUGGUGUUUGCGACCAUCAUGACCACGCGGCAGUUCUUUUCCAUCCUGCUGUCGUCGGUGGUGUUUAUGACGCCGCUCACGGCGGGGCAGUGGGCGGGUACGGUGAUUGUGUUCGGCGCCAUCUACUACAAGGCGCUGCAGCGCUGCCGGGAGCGGCAGCAGCUGCACGCCAUGCAUGCGUCGUGGAGGGAGGACGACUUCAGGUGCGGCGAUACAUGCCCCGAGAAGGCCCCGCUGCUGCACCCGCCCGAGCACCGCUCCGCCUCCGCCUCCUCCGCCUCCGCCUCCGCCUCCGCCUCCGGCUCCUCGCUGCUGCCGCUGCAGACCUCGGCGGACAUCCGGGGGAGCCGGGGGGCGUUGGGCGGGGGAGCGGAGGAGCGCCGCAUAACCAGCGAGCAGCAGGUCUAGGAGGCGUGGGAGGCAAGGAGGAACGGAGGGAGGGAGGCGCAGCAAGGCGUGGCAGGGCGAGCGACUUCUCGAACAUUGGAGCGGGCAGUUGUAACAGGGCGGAGUAUAAGGUGUAGUGUAAAGUGAGGGGGCGGGCGAUGUAGUCAAAGGAAGGUGGGGGCUGCUGCUGCUGAUGAUGAUGAUGGUGACAAUGAUGAUGAAGGGGAUGUUGUGGAGCCGGAGGUGCAGGCGCGGCUAAGAUGUUCAACCAUGUUCUCACUGUCGGGUUAGCUCGCCGCCGUUGCGAGGGGCUGCCAGUAUACUGCCGGAGUUCGUUGUGUGACCAGCGCGGCUGAGCGCGGUCCAAUAAAGGUGUCCAGUGACCCGUGGGACUGUAUGGUUCUGUCUAGACUGCUAUGUAUGCUAUUUUGGUUGCUAGGUAGGAAGUGCUGCGGUGUACUUGCGUGCGUGCGGAGUCUUCACUGGGCCCAUGAUGGCAGGCCUGGUCAGUCGUACUGUAGUAUGGUAGUACGGUAGGUGCCAGGACACGUCUACCGUAAUGUGGGGCAGCUUGGUCGGGGUAGCGGCCGGUGUUUUUGGAUGGCGUGCUUAGACGUGGUUCUAGACGUGAUCCUAGUCCUAGUCAAGUAAACAAGGAAGGUGAUGCGUACCUCGCACACCAACAGGACCUGUGGAUUGGAAGGGGGGAUGAACGCCUCCUUUGGGGCGCUCAUGGUCAGUACUGGCUCGUGAUGAAUUUGACAAACUUUGCCGGCUACUACGUGUUCCAUCAUUUUUCUAUGUUGCACGCGCGUUAUGGGUUCCCGCAACCGCGGUAUGCUUACCGCUGGUUGCUUUCAGGCUGCUCACAUCUGUUGUUGGGGCCAAAAGCGCGGAAGAGCGGGCGGGUGAAGGGGUGGGUGGUAGGAUGCGAUUAGGGGUGGGUGGUAGGGAGGGGCUACAACGCCUUACGGUGGCUUUUACAGCGGUACAUUUCAUGUUUUUGCGCCACGUGGAUUGUUCAGUUAGUACGAUUUUGUACGGCACGCGUUUAGCAACAGAGGUGGUUUCUAGGUAGACACCGGGGGUCCUGUUACUGGGUGCUGCGACCCAGAUCCUCAUAUCGGUGUGAAGAGGGCUUAUAGGUUUGCGUCAUGGUGGAGCCGUUGUCAGUCGCACGUCGUUAAGGAGGAGGACGAAAAAGGGGUGCGUUCUCGUCGGUGGUGGACAUUGGCAUUUGCCUGUUAUGGCUGCUGCGUGCUGCUAAACCGUAAGUGCAGAGAAUUAGGAUGCCAUACAUGACAAGAUGUGGAGCCUCCUAAGAGGGAACGACAGGGCGUACGUAGGGUUUCGUGGGGCACCUAUCCAAGUACCAACUACCCGGGUGGCAUGCUAUCUAUCACGCUCUAGAUGGAUCCGGGUCGCGCGAAUGCAGGCAAUGACCCCGAGUAGUGGAGGGCGGUUCGCGGAGGAGCCAAGACGACCCACUGUGCCCACUCUACUUUAAUAAUGAUC